AACGUGUCGCAAAACGAUUAAAAAAAAAAAAGCUAACUACUGUACAGGUAGGUGGGCCUUUACGGGCCACACAUUCACACUAACCAAAAUAUUGACAAACGUAGGUGGAGAGAAGACCGCAUGCUUAACGGAACAACAAAACAUAAAAUGAAGCUAGUAUCCAUUCUCUUCCCCCAAGAUUUCACACUAGUGCCAAGGGAGUAAAGGAAGAGAGAGGAGAACACCUAAAGCAAUCGGCCCUAUAAAUUCUCCUCCUCCAUCCCUGUUCCCCGUAACCCUUUUCCAAAGCAACUCACAGAUUUGCUUCGCAGAAACAACUAGCAUACCUCACCACCCGUUUGAUCACCAUGACCAUCUCUGUGAACAGGCUCUCCCAGAACCUGGUAGUCCCCUCCGAGCCGACUCCCACCGGCAUCCUCCGCCUCUCGUGGCUCGACCGAUACCCGACGCAGCGAGCCCUCAUCGAGUCACUGCAUGUAUUCAAGGAAGGGCACGAACCGGCGACGGUCAUCAAGCGGGCGCUGGCCAAGGCAUUGGUCCCCUACUACCCUCUCGCCGGCCGGCUCGUGGUGUCGGACCGCGGGGAGCUCCAGGUUUCAUGCACCGGUGAUGGAGUCUGGUUCAUGGAGGCAUCGGCCAACUGCAGCCUCGAGGACGUGGAUUAUUUGGAACACCCUUUGAUUAUAUCCAAGGAUGAGCUCCUGCCUCAUCCCCGGCCCAAGCUAGACCCAUCUCAAGAAGAGGAAUUGCUUUUGCUCGUUCAGGUCACGGAGUUCAUUUGCGGUGGAUUCGUGGUCGGCCUCAGAUUCAGUCAUGCCAUCGCGGACGGCCCGGGAGCAGCACAAUUCGUCGCAGCGGUUGCAGACUUCUCCAAAGGCCUCGCGGGGCCAACCGUGGAGCCGGUUUGGAGCCGGGACGCCAUCCCUGAUCCCCCAAAAUUGAAGUCGGCCCCUGAACUUUCCCCCUCCGACGUCCGCCUCCAGUAUCUAGUAAUGGAUGUCUCCUUGGAGUACAUCAACCAUCUAAAGAACCAAUUCAUGGAGCAAACAGGUCAGAGAUGCUCGGCUUUCGAAGUCCUAAUCGCAAAGGCUUGGCAGAGCCGGACGCAGGCGAUUAGGUUCGAGCCCGAGUCCAAUGUCCAUCUUUAUUUCGCCAUGAAUGCUCGCCCAUUGCUGCACCAAUUGCUGCCCUCCCAAGGGGGUUACUACGGGAAUUGCUACUACAUCAUGAACGUCACCACUACAAGUGGGAAAAUCUUGCAGUCCCCAAUAAUUGAGAUCGUGAAGUUGAUUAAAGAUGCUAAGAAGAGGCUUCCUGUGGAAUUUUCCAAGUGGGCUAAGGGAGAGCUAAAGGAGGACCCAUAUAAGUUGACGACGGCCUAUGAUUCGUUGCUGGUUUCGGACUGGACCCACCUGGGGUUCUCCGAGGUGGACUAUGGAUGGGGAUCGCCGGUGCAUGUUGUCCCAUUGACGAAUUCUGAUAGCAUAGCUACUUGCAUCCUUAUCAAGCCAUCCGCCACAAAGCACGGUGCCCGUUUGAUGACGCAGUGUGUUUCGGAGGAACACUUGAUGGCAUUCCAUGAUGGAAUGAUGAACCUUGCCUAAAACUUUUUUUUUUUUCAUCAUCAUUAUUGUUAGUUUUUUUUUCUUUUUCAUUAUUAUUGUUAAAUGUAUGAUUAAAAUGCUCGAUUUGAUUUUGAUUACUGCAAAGUAUAUUAUUUUAGCAGCCUUUGCCGGUCCUUC